AUGUCUGAACCGGAUGAUUUCUAUGAUAAACUUUCGGAAACUUUUCCUUGUUCAACAAAGGGUAUGCGAAGUCCGACAGUUCCAACAUCAGUUCAUGCUCUACGACCGGGUGAUAUUCAAUGUGUUGCAGCCAUGGGCGACAGUUUGACAGCAGCCUUGGGUGCUAAAGCCAUAACCCCAGCCGGUCUUCUGUUAGAGAAUCGAGGUGUUGCUUGGUCUAUCGGUGGUGAUGGUACCUUUAAGAAAGUAGUGACAUUACCCAAUAUUCUUCGUCUUUAUAAUCCGAAAUUGAAAGGUUUUUCAACCAAAAGUUCAAUAGCAUUUCUCAAUGGUCAAAACGCAAAACACAAUGGACUUAGUGUCGCAAAAUCGGGUGUUGACUCAUAUGGUAUGGUCGAGCAAGUUGAUAUUCUCUUAUAUCGCAUAGAGAAAGAAGGACUCUGCGAUUGGAAUAAUGAUUGGAAGCUAAUUACUUUUUUUAUUGGAGCAAAUGAUUUAUGCGAUUUCUGUGAAGAAUCAAUGGCAUAUGAUCCACCACAUUAUAUCGGACGGGUUCGUGAGGCACUUGAUCGCUUGUACAAUGCUAAUCUACCUCGUACAUUGAUAAAUCUUGUACCCGUACUCAAUGUUACCUUUGCAAAACAACUUAAAGAUGGCAAUAUUGUUUGUGGACUUCUUCAAAAAUCUUCAUGUCCAUGUGCAGCAUAUCCUACUCCAGAACAAGAGGACAUAUUAAAGGAGUGGAUUCCUGGAUAUCAACAAGGUCUUUUUGACCUAGUUAAUACACAUUCUUAUGAUAGUCGUGAUGAUUUCACUGUUGUUGUUCAACCAUUCUUCAUUCACACUGAACUACCUGAAAAAAAUGGAAAAAUCGAUUAUAGUUAUUUUGCUCCUGAUUGUUUUCAUUUGAGCGCCAAGGGUCAUGCAGUCGCAGCAUUAUCACUUUGGAAUAAUAUGUUCGAACGAGUUGGCCAGAAAAAAACUGCAUGGCACAAGGGUGAACCAUUUGAAUGUCCUACGGAAGACCAUCCUUAUAUCUAUACAUGGAACAAUUCGAUUCCAAAAUAG